AUGGGGCUGGCUGUCACGCCAAGGGUGCGCUUUAUUGAGCGGAAGCAGCAGCAGUCAGAAAAGAGGUCGGAAAAUAGAAAGGAAACAAGCGCUACAAAGUCUAUGGCUGUCAAAAGUGACGCUGAUGAGGUUGAUGAUGAUAGUCAUUCUUCGGCUGCUGCAACCAACUUUUCUCAGCUGAAAAUUGUCGCCGACGAUGAUGAUGAUGAGAAAGACGCCGACGAUGAUCUGUUUCAAAUUAAGAAAGUAUGGCGAUUUGAUCAGGACAGUGGUGAUGCUGCUCUGAAUGACGGCGACGAGGACACUUUGCCGCCUCUUCCACUUGCUGCAGCAGCUAAGAACACCCGGUCAAAGGCUGCCGUUGUGAAGCGACUGCUGAAGAAGAACAUUAAACUGAACACCAAGAUUGUCUUCAAUGAGAACGACGAAGAGGAGGUCUUCACUGGCGGUGUGAGACAGGCGGCGCCCAAGCUGGCCGCACUGGACGCCUCCAAAUCAGGCAUUGACAUAGAGGUAUCCAAACGCAUUAUGGAGGAGGAGGACAAGCUGGAUAAGGCAGCCUACCAGCAGCUGAUCAAGGAAAGGCGGAAGGCAAAAAAAGCAAAGGAAAAGGAGAAGAAGGCUGCGAAGAAGUCCGGUGGCGCUUCGGCUGGUCUCGGCACUGAUGGCGACGAGCAGAUGACAGACUUUUACAUUGACAAUCUGCCCGAUCCGGAUGCAAUCUACGAGAAGAAGAAGGAGGGUGAUGAUGAUUCUGAUGACGAUGGUCAGUCUGACUAUGAAGAAGACAACAGCUUUGGAAAGGGCCCUAAAACGGUAAAAAGAAAGAGGAGUAGCAGUAGUAGUAGUGAUAGCUCGUCGGAUGAUGAUGACGAUCACUACCGCCACCCGAUGAAAAAGCCCUCAUCCUCCUCUUCCUCGAAGACAGAAAAUAGUUUAGGCUACUACGAGGACAUUGCGCUGAAGCUGCUCUCAACCAAGUAA